GUUGGGGGAGGGUGGCUUUGAACUCUGAUCACCAAUACCUGUGGUGGCUCCCAAGGAAACUGCAGGUGGGUUGGGUGCAGGAACAUGCUCUCGCUAUGGCGCUCCAGAGAGCCGGGCUGGGUCGCUGUGUGUGCGCUUUCUGGCUGGCCAUAGCCUUCGACGCGGUGGGGCUGACGGUGCUUCUCUUCGGGGUCUUCGCCGAUGUCUUCUUCUACGACUUCCUCAUCUACGCGGGGGCCAUCGUGAUCUUCCUGAGCCUGGUCUGGUGGAUCUUCUGGUACACGGGCAACCUCGAGGUGCCCCUCGAGGAGCUGGAGGACGACGUGGGGUUGAAGAAGGAAACGGGGUUCACCGGCAUGUUGAGGAAGUUCUCGGUCAGGAUCUCGGAGACUUUGAGGAACAGGCAGGACGCCAACCACAGGACCCCCGGCAAUGCCCCGGAGGUCCACGAUCACAAGAAUAAAACCACUGUGAGACCUAUAUUCCUCCGGAGGUUGUCUUCUGAUGCAAGCUCCAUAACUGCGUCCAGGUCUUCCCAUCAGGAUAUUACUUUCAAUGUAUUAGUGGAGUCGAAAGACACGGGGAUCUCGCCCGUAUAGUCAGGCAGCACAUCUGACAAUGCAGCAUUUCACCCGUAUUGCAUUGAUUAUGAACCCGGGCGAUAUGGGGCUUGAACACAAAACCUUCUGACCCAGUGUGACCAACUGAGCCAAGCUGACACCCAUGAGAUAACCAUGUAUGGAAGUUUCAAGAUCUCACAUCUCUACCUUCUGAGGAAGAUAAGGACAAAUGGAACUGAUUAAAAAUGAGACUUUGUACGAAAUUGCACCAGUGAUUGAAGUAAGCAGACGCUGAACUGUUCAUUUUUGAUGUUAAGGCGCUACAUCACAUGUAAGGAUUAUUAUCAUAUUAAACGCAAUUUGGUGGAGCACAAAUGAC